AUGCCAAAGCCAAGUCGGUCACCAUUGUAUUUCUAUGCUGUCGAAUAUCAAAGACGUCAACAUACUCGCCGUCAAUAUAUGAAUAUCAGCGAAGCUAUUGCCGCUUGUUAUGACGACUGGAAAGCCCUCUCCGACGAAGACAGACAGCCGUAUAAAAACCAAUUUCAAGAAUGGCGUCUUCAGUCUCGACUCAGUCCAGAAUCUGCUAAUGUUUCACAACAAUAUACGAAACCUAAGAAAGGAAUUGCCAAUGACAAUGUACUGCAAAAACGUGAUAUACCGUGUACUCAAUUGAAACACCAUUAUGAUCGUUUUACUACGGAACGGACCUUUCUCGCAUGUGAAUAUCUACCAUUAGAUAAAAGUGAAUUGUUGGCAAUGCCAAUUUAUAUACUUAAUUUUCAAAUCUUCUGCAAACUUGAUGAAGAAGAUGGUGGAAAAUAUCUUCCGGCAGAAAUGUGCAUUUUACGUUAUACUUUAAAUGAUGGUGUGACAACGUAUAAACACAGAUUCAUCAAACCUGAAAUGAUUCCGACAGGUUACAUGUCGUCAUGUCUCGAGCACGCAAAGGAAACACAUGAAAUUCCAUUGAAAGAUUUCGGUGAAGCUUCAAAUAAUUACAAAUCGAUUUUCCGAGAAUUGAAAUCUUUUCUUACAACCACGAUGAUGAAUCAAUUAUCUGGCGGUGAAGAUGAACGAACGCGUCGAAGAUAUUCUCGAAUGGUGAAGCCAUGUGUGUUUUCUCCUGCUGUGGAGCACGAACAGACAAGUAAAUUGUUCGACUGGCUGCAAGAAAAGAGCGAAGGACAACAACCAACGAAAGAAUCACGUUUGGUCAAUUUCGCUAGUAUAGAAUCGUUAAUCAUGGUUUUAGCAGAUUUGAAAAAACAUCAUGUUUCACGCGAUGAUAUUCAGCGAACAUUUGAAAAUGCUUCUUAUUCCUAUUUAGUUGAUCAGCGUUGCCCAUAUCAUUCUCAUUUGGGUAUAAGGCAUUGCUCUGUAGUGCGAUGUCAUGCGGCAGCUAAACUUAUAUCAGCUUAUUUAAAUCAAUUAUAUGUACCGGAAAGACCAGCAUCCUCCGUAGCUAAGAUUGGCAAAGCGACUUCAAAUCCAUUUGUAAAUAUUCCCAGUCCACCACCCACGACUACAGUGCGUAGUGACCCUUGUCAAGUGCAACAACAAGUAGUAAAACAACCUACACUGAGCUUCCAGAAAUAUCAUCAAAGUCACGAGUCUUCAAGUGAUUCUUUAGCGCCAUGCUACAAUCCGAUUAACCAUGAACAACGUCAUAAUUCGCAUCAAUUCAAUGAUGAAAUUGUUCGAUUACAACAGCAAAAUUUUCACCGUUUACUUUCUGACGCUGAGUCGUCGAACAGAGAGCAUCGAACUGAUAAUCAACGUGCUCUCCUAAAUCAACAUAGGCAGAUUUUACUUCGAGCACUUCAAACGAUCGAACAACAGAUCGAGGAACUUGAUCUUGAAUAA